AUGGAAGCGAAUCGAACAGAAGCACAACGUUGUAGAGAAAUAGCUCGAGAAGCGAUACGAGAUAAGGAUAUCGCAAGGGCCAAUAAGUUUCUUGAAAAAGCAGUCAGACUUGAUCCAGCAAUUGAUAUCAAAGACUUACAAGAAAAAUUGAAAAAUACGAAACGAGGAGAUCAAUCAAAUGCUACUGGAACAGACGCUGGUUAUGGUCAUUAUGACCAAUAUGAAGGUGAUUCUGAAUUGCAUAGUAAGAGAACACAAUUUCAUUCAAGCUAUAGUCAACCUUCAAUGAACAAUGAUCGUCGUUUUGCUAAUGAUGGUUCAGAUUAUGAACGAGACUUAUUUCCAGAUCAAGGAUCAUCGACCAGUGUACCUGGCUCAAAACGAGGUCGUUCACGAUCAACAGCUCGUCCUCAAAUUGGCAUUCAUUACACUAAAGAAGAGGUUGCUAUGGUUGAAAGAAUUAGGCACUGCAAAGACUAUUAUGAAAUAUUGAAUUUGAAAAAGGAUGCUUGCGAAGCAGAUAUGAAACGGGAGUAUCGAAAAUUAGCUCUGCAACUUCAUCCCGAUAAAUGUCGUGCUCCAGGUGCAACUGAAGCAUUUAAAGCUCUAGGUAAUGCUUAUGCUGUACUAACAAAUAAGGAGAAACGCGCACAGUACGAUUUAUACGGUGCUGAUGGACCUAGACGACGAAAUACAAAUGAUGAUUUUUAUGAGUAUGAUUAUGGCAGAGGUUUCGAGGCUGAAUUCACCGCUGAUGAAAUCUUCAAUAUGUUUUUUGGUGGAGGUUAUCCAACUGGUCACCUUAAUAGGCGACGUGAUACGCAUUAUUUCAGGCAUAAUAGUUCACAGCAGGAGCAGUUCAGUGAAACUGUGAUAUUACAAAAUUCAUUUAAUUGA